CAAUUUCAGGAACGUUAGCAGUAGUUUUAAGAGCUGUAUCUGGGUCAUCUUUGUUUGAGGCGUUAAGUAAUAAUGGUUCAGAAAUAUUGCUAGUGGAGUGGAAGUGUUCAACGGCGUACUAGGUUCGGAGGGAGGUGCAUUGUCGGCAAUAAAAUCAACGUUGAGUUGAUUAUUAAGAAAUUUUCGUCUGGGGGAUUCGCUUAGAAGUGUGAGGCCCAGAAAUGUAGAUUCAGCGGAACCAUAUAUCUUAGUGAGGACACUUAAUUGAGACCGAACCUUUUGAAACCCAGAUCUCGUUUGCAUCAUAAAAGUUCUCAUUUCUGAGGUAAUGUUUUGGCAUGAAGAACAAGCCCAGUAGUAUUGGCUGCGUUUCCAAACAAUAUCACGGAUUCUACUGUUAUGACCGCCACCACCAUAUUUAAUAUGUGACCAGUUAUUACACAGCCAGGACAUCAAGAAAUUCUCACCUGAGAGGAAGCCGCUAAACUUGCUUUUCUUGGCUCAGCAAAGUUGAGAUAUUUCAGUAACAGUUGAAGAGUAAUUGAUACUUAAUAAGGAAGCAAGCAGCGAGAACGGAUGCGAUAGCAGUAGAGCGAUAGGUCCAGCGGCGAUCUGUCCAGUGCAGAGAGAUGCAGAAAGGAGACAGGGAGAGAGCGUAAUAUGCAGGCGAUGUUCUGAGCCCGAUUUCGUUUUCGACAAAUGUAUAAAAGUGUGACCGAAGUUUUCAGAGUUCAUCCGCAAAGCAAAUAGCAUGGUCUUACGUCAAUCAGCUGGGUUUGUUGACAAACAAAAAUCAAAAAAAAUGAAAAUUUAAAAGUUACAAAAUGUGGAAGACCAAGGACUCAAGCUUUACCUUUGCAGUAGGCAUGGCGAUGUGCAUUGCCGCAGCAGAGCAGGAGGAGGCGGAAAAAAGGACACAGAGGCGGAAAUAUUGGGUGAGCCCGUAUCUCAAGGAACGCUCGUUUAAAGGCCGCUAUGCUUCAGACUUUCAGAACUUGGUUAACACCCCAUCCAUGUUCUUCGAGAACUUUCACAUGCCGGAAAGCAGCUUCAACGCACUCUUUGGAUUGGUGGAGCAACACCUUAUCCCCAAAAGGAACACCCGGCCAGAUGCCAUACCGCUAAAAGCGAAGUUGGCCAUCGUUUUGGAAUUUCUUGCUUCUGGAGAUCUGCAACGCCAUGUUGGAUCCACUUAUCGGAUCAGCAAGCAACAUUUCGGUGUCAUCCUCGACCAGGUUUGCACAGCAAUUUGGACUGCGUUGCAAGGGGAAUUUCCGAAGUGGACCACCGAUAACAUGCUGAGGUGGGCGAAAGACUUUGAAGACGAAUGGAACUUUCCAAACUGUCUUGGUGCCGUCGACGGGAAGCAUGUGGCGAUAAAGGCCCCCACUAAUAGCGGAAGCCUUUUUUACAAUUAUAAGGGAUUUCAUUCGAUUGUGCUUAUGGCAAUCUGCGACGCUCACUACCGAUUCACUUACAUAGAAGCCGGUGCGCUUUUUGAACGCUUUUUCGCACAGUACUCUUGGAAAACGCCUACUUCUGGAUGAGCUGCCGUUUCCAGAGGACAAAGUGAUAAACG